AAAAAAAAAAAAAAAAGACGAAGAGAAAGUCAAAGUCUACUCUCCUGUCUUUUCAUAGUCAGCUCCGAAUUUCAAUUCCGUGCCUACCAUCGAAGAAAUGAAUUAGCAGAUGCUAGCGGUGGGCAUGCGCCGGAGAUGUUGUCUGUGGCGGUUGCUGUGAACGGCGGUGUAGGUGUCGGAGGAAAGGGAAGCCGAAGAGCCGUUCGCUGGGCAGUCGAGAAUUUAUUGCCCAAAGCCAAUCGGUUCAUCUUAGUCCACGUCAUUCCGGCCAUCACUUUUAUACCUUCUCCUUCUGGAAAUCGUUUGCCCGUUGAAGAAGUGGACGAGAAUGUGGUGGCACUGUACGUGCAGGAUGUGAAAGUGAAGUUCCAGGAAAUCUUUUUACCCUUUAAAAAGAUAUGCAAGACUCAAAAGACGGAAACUUUGGUGCUAGAGGGUGACAAUCCUGCAAGCACGCUCUUAAAAUUUGUGUCAGAAUGGGGGAUUAAUAGUUUAAUAUUGGGUUCUUGGUCUCCCAAUUGUAUAAUCAGGAAGCUAAGGGGACCAGGGGUACCAAUAACUGUGCUGAAUGGUGCUCCAGAGACGUGCAAUGUUCGUGUUGUAUAUAAACACAAAAUCAUCACAAAGUCAGGAAAUUCCUCUUCCAUUACUGGGACCAGCCGUAGGCACUGGGUUUUUACUAAAAGAGGUUAUACAAAAGGUUCUGGCAGCAUCAAUGAUUUAGCUUUUGAGCCUGAGGUUUAUUCUUCCCCUGUAGAAUCCAAAGUUCAGAAAUCCUUUGGAGCAUCAUCAGUGUCUGAGUCUGACUUUAGUCCCCUAGAAACUCAAGCAUUUGAACACGGGGAUUCUUCUGUAAAUGCUGCUGUAGAUGUUGGCAGGACUUUUCAGAAAUUGGAAGAUGACCCUCUAACUGUUAGUACUCAGAGUCAGACAUUUGAUUCCACUGCUUCAAUAAAAACUGACUGGUCAUAUGUACAGGCUGAAAUAGAACGGCUACAGCUAGAAUUACGAAAUACAGUUACCAUGUAUAGAAGAGCUUGUGCAGAGCUGGUGCACACUCAAAGCGAGGUCAAAUUAGUUUCGUCUGAGUUUGUUGAGGAAGCAAGAAGAGUGAAUGCUGCCCUACAAAGAGAAGAAACUUUGAGAAAAAUUGCUGCUGUAGAGAAAGCAAGGUAUUUACAAGCCAAGACGGAGAUAGAGGAGGCAAAAAAUUUAUUUGCUAAAGAAGCUUAUGAAAGGCAGAUGGCUGAGCUUAGGGCUGAAAAGGAGUUGUUAGAGAAACAGAAAAUUGUUGAUGCAAUCUUCUUGAGUGAUAGGAGGUACAAAAAGUACACUACGGAUGAAAUAGAGUUGGCAACAGAUUGCUUCUCUGAGAGUAAUGUGAUUGGUGAAGGAGGGUAUGGAAAAGUAUACAAAUGCAAUCUUGAUCACACGCCAGUGGCCGUGAAGGUUCUUAGGCAUGAUGUAGUUAACAAGAAAGAGGAUUUCUUGAGAGAGGUUGAAGUUCUAAGCCAGUUACACCAUCCACACUUGGUUUUGCUGCUUGGAGCUUGUCCUGAGAAUGGUUGUCUGGUAUACGAGUACUUGGAAAAUGGAAGCUUAGAUGAGUGUAUCUUCCACCGAAAUGAAAAACCGCCUCUUCCUUGGUUUAUUCGCUUCAAGAUAGUUUUUGAAGUGGCUUGCGGACUUGCAUUCUUACACAACUCAAAGCCCGAGCCUAUAGUUCAUAGGGAUCUAAAACCGGGUAAUAUACUGUUAGACAGGAAUUAUGUGAGCAAAAUUGGAGAUGUUGGGCUGGCAAAACUCAUUACAGAUGUUGUACCUGACAACAUCACAGAGUAUCGAGACUCUAUUCUUGCUGGUACGCUCUACUACAUGGAUCCUGAAUACCUGAGAACUGGGACCAUCCGACCAAAAUCAGAUCUAUAUGCUUUUGGAAUUAUAAUUCUCCAAUUAUUAACCGCUCGGCGUCCUAAUGGUCUUAUAUUGACUGUUGAAAAUGCAAUAAUAAAUUCUCAGUUUGCCAACAUUCUGGAUACAUCAGUUACAGAUUGGCCACUUCUUGAAACCGAGGAGCUAGCUCAAAUUGCAUUGAAGUGCUCAAAACUUAGAUGCAGGGAUAGACCAGAUCUUGAUACUGAAGUUCUGCCAGUUCUCAGAAGAAUUGUAGUUAUUGCGGAUGCUAGCUUAAAGUUGGAAAGAAGCAAAACCUAUGCACCGAGUUACUACUUUUGUCCUAUCCUUCAGGAAAUAAUGGAUGAACCGUACAUUGCUGCUGAUGGUUUUACUUACGAGCACAGAGCAAUUAAAGCAUGGCUUGACAGACACAGGGUAUCACCAGUGACAAAGCUUAGGCUUCAGCAUUCUAUAUUAAUUCCAAAUAACACAUUACGUUCAGCCAUACAGGAGUGGCGGUCACGCCAGCAUUUGCAAGUGCCAUAAAGAUACUUGACCAUAGCCAUUCAACUACUCACCAGCAGGAGAAAAGACAACAAAGCUAAUUUGGCACAUACUGUUAGUUAUAACUUGUGAUCCUCUAUAUUGAAUUGCUACAUAAAUCCAUGUCACUGUACAUCUAAUAUUUGUGAUCUGUAUACAUUUAUUUGGAGCCUAAAAGAUGGACAAAGACCAAAGCCUUUCAUUUUUUCAAA